CCCCACAAAAACUCACCUCCCCCAAUCCACCUUCCAGCAGCUCUCAUCUCUCCCCUUCCUUCCCUGCACCCAAUCCCAAAACAUGCUCCAUAAAAAACACAACCAUAGAUUCUUCAAGUUCAGAUCACCUCAAAAUCCCAACUUUUUUCUCUCUUCUGACUGAAAGCCUCCCCGUCAAACCCUAAACCGCGAAGUACAAUACGUAUUCAUCAAUGGUGCAGUCCUUUGAUUUCUCACGUGAUAGAGCCGUGGUGGUAGAGAUGGCAGGCAUAAUCAUAAGAAUCGAUUACUCUAGACUCUUUUGGCUUCUAUUUGGUGUUUUCUCUUAUGAGAAUCACGAAGGGAAGCCGAGGAUCUGAGAGUUUUAAUUCCUUUCUUUCUUCUGUCUUCUUCUUCUGCAGCUCCCUCCUCCUUCUUCUUCUUCUUCUUCUUCUUCUUCUUUGAUUCUCCUUCGCUGUUUAAUUGGACUGUUUUCGAGUGGUAUGUUCGUCAUGCCGCCCGGCGAUGAUAUGGGAAAUGGUUAUGUUGAGACUGAUCCGACCGGUCGCUAUGGACGAUUUGACGAGGUGCUGGGCAAAGGAGCCAUGAAGACUGUGUAUCCUUCUCAUAUUUACAGAGCAUUCGAUGAACUGAACGGAAUAGAAGUAGCCUGGAACCAGGCCAAACUCUGCGUCGUAAUGCAAUCCCCUGAAAUCCUUCAACGAAUGUACUCCGAAGUCCAUCUCCUCAGCACCCUCAACCACCCCUCCAUCAUCCACUUCUACGCCUCCUGGAUCGACGUCCCCGCCCGCACCUUCAAUUUCAUCACCGAGAUGUUCACCUCCGGCUCCCUCCGACAAUACCGGCAAAGAUAUCGGCGAGUGAACAUCAGAGCCGUCAAGAGCUGGGCCCGUCAGAUUCUCGACGGUCUGCAGUUCCUUCACAGCCACAAUCCUCCGGUCAUCCAUCGGGACCUUAAAUGCGAUAAUGUAUUUGUUAACGGCCAUCUGGGUCAGGUGAAGAUUGGAGAUUUGGGACUCGCGGCGGUUCUGCGGGGAUCUCAGUCUGCUCAUAGUGUUAUUGGAACGCCGGAGUUUAUGGCGCCGGAGCUGUACGAGGAGGAUUAUAACGAGCUGGUUGAUAUAUAUUCGUUCGGAAUGUGCGUGCUUGAGAUGCUGACGACGGAGUAUCCUUACAGCGAGUGCUCCAAUCCCGCCCAGAUUUACAAGAAAGUCACAGCGGGGAAGCUCCCGGAUGCAUUUUAUAAAUUAAGGGACUUGGAGGCGCGGCGUUUCGUUGGUCGGUGUUUGGAUGAUGCUUUGAAGAGGCCGUCGGCGAAGGAGCUGCUAUCCGAUCCUUUUCUCCAGUUUGAUGACCGGCAGGACGGGCCGGCAAUGCCGGUGGCUCUGCCCGCUGUGAAAACUAAGAGCUCCGGCGAGAGCCGCCACAAUGGUGGCAGAGAAAUUGAUGAUGAGCUGCACACUAAUAUGACUAUAACUGGGAAAAUGAAUCCGGAUGAUAAUGCCAUUUAUCUCAAAGUUCAGAUUGGCGACAAGCAAGGGAAAGUGAGGAACAUACACUUCCCCUUCGAUAUCAUUAACGACACCCCCAUCGACGUCGCCAUUGAGAUGGUCAAGGAGCUCGAGAUCACAGACUGGAAGCCGGCCGACAUUGCUAGCAUGAUCUCUAGAGAAAUCAUGAACUUGGUGCCUGAGUGGAAGGGGAAUGGCCACCAUGAAUAUAAGUUCGGAGAAGAAAUAGAGGAAUAUGGACACCCUUUUUGCUAUCUGUCCUCACCCUCUUCCACUCAGGAGAACUCCUCAUUUGGCUCCGGAAACUAUCAUGGCAUGAACACUUCGCUCAACGAUUCUUUUAAAGUUGCAGAAUGGCUUCAAGAAGAUGAUGCAAGCUCAGUGAGGUCAGGGAUGUACUCUGCCAUUAACUACAGCUCUGGCAAUGAACUCGACUGUGAGUCGAGCUCUAAUCAAACUAAUCCUCAGAAAAGCCAUGGUGUGGAAACCCUACUGGCCUCUAAGCUUCAGAGCCAAUGUUCUCUGUUGCAGCUACCGCAGCCAGCCGAAUCCAAACGGCCCUCAGCCAGCCGUGCAGGAAAGAAGCCAGCAGUAGAUGAUCGGCGGCUAAUGAGAAACAGGUCCAUGGUAGACCUCAGAAGCCAGUUGCUUCAUCAAAAUCUAGUAGAGCAGCUUAAAAAGAAGCUGUUCAAAACAGUAGGAGCUGUUGAGAACAUAGGGUUUCAAAUGCCUUAUGAUGGAUCGGGCAAGAGUUCUUCCUCGAAGAAGAAAGGGAAGAAAUCAGGAAAAUAGUUUAAAAUCCAUUGUUUUUAGUGAAGGUAUAGUGAGCUGACUUUAAGUUGUCAGUGGAGUUAUUUUAAUGUUAGUUUUUUAAUGGGUAAGUUUUUGUAUAUAUAUAUAGGUGCUUAUGGUUUGGAUUUAUAUGUUUGAUCUUUGAUUUUAGUAAUAAGUGUUGAUGUUUUUUUAAUGUUUAUGUGAAUAUAAUAAGUGAGUGAGUUUUGAUGA